CUCCGGGCUUCAUGGCUGCAGGAUGGACUCUCAUCAGCAUCAGCAGCAUCUUUUCUUCCUGUUGCCACCAGGGACUCUUCAUCGACCAUCAAGUCUGGCGGGAACCGAGGCUCUUCUACGAUGCGCAACUUCCACCUGCCGAAAUGCAGUGAGGGCUCCUAGCGUCCCUCUCUAGAGACAGCAGAGAGGUUGGAGGUCCCUUGCACAUCAAUGUCUCUCACUCCGAGUCGAAAUCCCUCCUCAGGUCAGCGCAGGCGCUCAGUGGGCACUGGUGGUGGCGGCGGCGGGCGAUAUUCCCACAGUGAUACAUCCAGCACCCACACCUACCCCGGUCGGGUUAGGGCAGCAGAGAGCAGCCCAACAGCCCGGACAUAUCCCAGCACACCCAGGCGUCAGGCAAAGCACACAGCCUGCAGUGACAACCAUGGGAUCAGGCCCCCAACCCCGGAGCAGUACCUCACCCCUCUACAACAGAAGGAGGUGUGUAUACGACACCUGCGAGCCAGACUGAGGGACAAUGUGGAAAGACUACAACACAGAGACUGUGAAAUAGAUGAGUUGAGGACUCAGCUGUACAGGAUGCAGGAAGACUGGAUUGAGGAGGAGUGUCACCGUGUGGAGGCCCAGUUAGCCCUGAAAGAGGCCCGCAAGGAGAUCCAGCACCUUCAGGAGGUGGUUGAAACAGUGAGGUCCAACCUGACUGUCCGUGAACAAGACCCCCAUGACCACAAACCAUACUCGGGGCUGCAGGCGUCCCGGCCAGGAGGGAAGUCUCGCUCCUGCGGCUGUUCCCCUGCCAGCACUUUGAGUCGCACCACCACCCACACCCGACUGAGCAACGAGGCUCUGCAGCUGGAGCGCGGCUUCAACGCUCCUGAGUCAAACAGAGCGCCUCGCCCAUCAGGACAAACCCACCUGGUCCUGGAGGCGGCCCUCCUCUCAGAGCAGCUGCCACCACAGGGCGGCAUCCGGGUCCCCCCAACUGUGCCGCGCUCUUCCACCUACGAAAGGCUGUGCAGUGGGGGGGCGGUGUUGCCAAUGUCACACUCCUGCCACACUCUCAGUAGCAGCUGCAAGUGCAGUGGGCACACCUACCUCCCCCAUCACCACUUGUUCCUGCAUUUACCUCAGGAGGAGGCCCCGGCAACAGCUGCAACCACUCCUGCCCCUGCCUCUGAUCCCAUCCCGACUCCUUCUCCUGCUGCGGAGAAGAAGCCAGAGGUGCGCUCUCAGGCCUGCAGCCCGACCAUGACCUGGCUGUGUGAGGAGACCGGUGUGGAAGAGCUGAGUAUCAUUUCUUUCGCCACAGCAGACAUCAGCCCCACAGAACCACGUGUGUCUCCAUCAUCAUUACCUGCUGUGGUCCCUCCUGAGCACUCAUACAGAGUCGAGCCGCUGCCGCCCGACAAACCAGAGGAGGUGACCAAGAUCCUAUCGGAGCCCCACACCUGCCAGCCCCACCCUAUAGCUCCACUCCCAGAGAGACAGGACGCUGUAGUAGUGCAGAUAGAGGAGGACGAGGAAACUGAAGGUACAAAUGAAGAAGGUAACCCCCCUCAGGUCUGCCACUGGAGCCGAUACUUCCUCGUAGAUCUGUUGGCUUUGGCGAUGCCAGUGGUCCCGACCAUGGCGUGGCUGUGUCGAGGGGCGUCACGGGAAGUCAUGCCAGUGUAUCAUAUCGGCUCCCUGCUGAGAGGUUGCUGUGCCGUGGCCCUACACUCACUUCGCCGCCGGAGUGCAGUCAGGGGCCGCAGACCUACCAGCAUGAACGGAACAGCACCAAUCUGAAACUUUCUGCUCCCUCUGACAUUAAAGGGACAGUUCACCCCAAAAUUAAAAUAUAUACUUCUUCUCUUACCUGUAGCGCUAUCUUUCUAUCUAGAUUGUUUUGGUGUGUCAUGAACCAGAGCUUACUCAAGAUAAUCCACAGAGCGGAUUCAUGUAGGAACUAUUUUCUCUCUGUUGUACUUCCUUUAUGAAACUGGGUCACUAUUUCUGUAAAGAGACAUUUUGCCGCUUUGAGCACCACAGACCAUUUUUGGCCUUAUUCUGAUUUUAUCUGCCUCAUUUAUUUUUAUUUGUCCAAUUUUAUUUGUUUAGCACUUUGUAACGCAGUUCAGAAAAGAGCUACAGAAAUGUCAUCAUUAUUUAUGUUAUUUUUUAUUAAUACCAUUAUUAUUAUAGUUCCAUUGUAUUGGAGAGAAGCAGUGGUGGAAUGUAACUAAGUACAUUUACUCAAGUACUGCACACAAGUGCAAUUUUGAGGUACUUGUACUUUACUUGAGUAUUUCCAUUUAUAUAGCUUUAUACUUCUAUUCCACUAUAUUUUCAGGCAAAUGUUGUACUUUUUACUCCACUACAUUUAGUUGGCAGCUUUAGUUACUUUUCAGGUCAAGAUUUAACAUAAAAAACAUGUUAAAUUAAACCUCAUUAUAGUAUAUUCAGUUGUUAUAAUGAGCCCUACCUUGAGAAAUACAAACGCUGCUUACAUAAAUGCAUCAAUAAUAAUCAUCCAAUCAUAUAUUUAGAAAAUAUGACAAUCUGUGAGGGGCCAUUCUUCAUAACAAGUACUUUUGUUUUUGAUUCUUUAACACAUUUUGAUGCUGGUACUUUUGUACUGUUACUUAAGUAAGUUCUGAGUGCAGGACUUUUACAGUAUUAGUACUUUUACUUAAAUAAGGAAUCUGAAUACUUCUUCCAGCACUGGAGAGAAGGCAGACCACCUCUACAACCAAUAUCUCCAACAUUCUGCAACUCACACCAGAACAAUCUAGAUUGUAAUAUCAUAGCGUUACAGGUAAGAGAAAAAUAUGUUUUUUUAUUUUUAUUUUGAGGUGAACUGUUCCUUUAAGAAAACAACCCCCAACCUCUGCAGGCACAGCCACAGCAAAGCUGACUUUAUCACAUUUCGGUCACGGCCAUGUGUUGGGUAGCUCCUCUUAUAAGAUUUCUAGAUUUUACAUAAUGCCCUCGUGAUUUUGUGGUCAUGCCUUGCCUUAGAGAACAAAGGAUUAGUUGUACAUUACUUCAUUACUCAGAUGUACUUGCUGCUACUGCCUGCAGUUUAAGUGGUUUUCUUUUUAUUGGAAUUUGCAUGUAGCCCACAGUCUGGUCGGGUUCUCCUGCUUGAAAUAAAAAGCCCCUUACCUGGAUUUAGAUGGUGUCCUCUGGGCAAAGAUAUUCAGUUUAUUUCAUGGAAAGUGAAAGAGAAAUUGUCUGAAUGCUUCUCUAUUUUCAUCAUCAUGUUUAAUAAUUGUUAAAAGAGAAUAUCAGAGAGUCACAGUCAUGAGAUUUGUUCAACAUCGUCCCACAAAAUCAGAAAAUAAAUUACAGUCAGUACUUAUUUGGCUUAUUCAGCAGCAGUUAGUAGAUUUACAGAGCACAGUGAGUCACUUCCAUCAAUGAAAAAACUGAAUGUUUCUGAAAACUGUUGGGACUUUUACCUUUUGAAAAGCAUGUGCAUUGAAUCUAGUUCUCAGGUGCAGAACAGACAGGGUAAUGAUAUUUUUGCCAAUAAACAAAACAUGGGAGUUUAAAACUGUACAGACUAUUUCUAUGAUCCUGUUGGAGCAACAUUAAUACAUUUGUUUUUUUGCUUAACCAAACUAAAAAUAAAGAACAAAAAAGUCUGCAGUUUACUAAAUCUCCAAAGUAGAGAUGAUGCCAAACUAGGCCCAAUUCUUAUAGCUUUUCAGCAGGAUAGCCUUUGUGUCAGUGUGUAUCUAAAAAUAAAGCCUGAGUGAGUGAGUGUGUGUGUGUGUGUGUGUGUGUGUGUGUGUGUGUGUGUGUGUGUGUGUGUGAGAGAGAGAGAGAGUGAAUGCACUGUCUGGUCGUGUAUCUACACUCACAUAUUUCUAUAAAGAUCAUGGGAGAUAAAGGGAAUUGUAAUUUGAAUGGAAAAGGACAUGGAUGAGCAGUCUUGUUUCACCUUUUUGAAGAGGUAACUGUUUUUGAUAUUGUGAUAUACUUUCUAGCUUUACAUGCUAUUUGCACAGCUGCAAGUAAAGAUCAACACUUUGAUGUACUGUUUGUACCAUAGCUGUGAAUAUUCAUCUUACAAGUGGCUCUUUUGUGCAUCAACUAAAAUGGAUUGAUUGUAAAUGCAAACUAUGAUGUACGGAUUACAUUUUCAGCCUUAUUAUACAAUGCAAGGGCAAGGUUUUAGAUUUCAGAGAUCUUUCCAAUAAGGUUUUACUAGUUGUUUAAUUCAAUUAUUCAGCCUGAAAAGGAACAGUUAACCCCAAAUCAAAAGGUACACAUUAUUUCUCUUACCUGUAGUGCCAUUUAUCAAACUAGAAUGUUUUGGUUAUGAGUAUCUGCUCGAAUAUAAUUAUU